AUGAAGUCGACGUUUGUCUCUGUUGCUACAGCCGCCGCUCUUGCUUCUGGCGCACAAGCCCGUCUUUUCACGAUCUACAACCAAUGUCCAUUCACGAUCUGGCCUGCCUGGUUCGCAGAACCCUCUCUCAACGCAGCUACCCCAACCAUCGCCUCUGGAUGGGAGCAGGCUGCUUAUCAGACCGUAUCGUUUGGCGUGCCAGACAACUGGGAAUCAGGUCGUUUCUGGGCUCGCCGUGAUUGUGACUUCAGCACCAACCCGGGACCAAACUCAUGCCUCGACGGCGGCUGCAACGGUGGACUAGUCUGCGAUGUCAACAACGGUGGCACCGGCGUACCACCCGCCUCGCUCGCCGAGUUCACACUCUCGACCAACCCCGCUGUCCCGGACAACUACGACGUCUCCCUUGUCGACGGCUACAACCUGCCCAUCCGCAUUGACAACACGUACGGCUGCCCCGUCGGCUCAUGCCCGGUCGACCUCGGUCCCGACUGUCCCGCUGCACUGAAGGGCCCGUACGAUAGCUCGGGCUUCCCUGUUGGCUGCAAGUCGGCGUGCGAUGCUCUUGGCGGCACCAACAACUGCUGCUCUGGCAACCAGAACACUGCUGCGACGUGCCCGCCGUCGGGCGUGGACUACUACUCGUACUUCAAGGACGCGUGCCCCGACUCGUAUGUGUACGCUUUCGACGAGAGUUCCGGUACGGCGCUCUUCACCUGCGCGCUCCAAAACGGCGUUGGCCCCGACUACACCAUCACCUUCUGCCCUUGA